CAGCGACGUCCGUGGUAGGAUGUGAGUGCGAGCCUAGCGUUCGUCUUCCGAGACCGGGUUACGCGAGUGUUGUGCCACAAGUUAAGCUGCCCGCAAUGGGGAAUACUGGAAGCGGCACCAAGGGGGAAGUGCAGUCCACGCCGCCUCCGGUGGACCUGUACCGGAGUCCCAACAUUCGGGCCAGCAUCAGGGCUAAGCUACCCAUGCCGGCGGAUCAGUCCGAGCUUGAGAGGAGGUUCACAAAAGUUCUGGCUAGCAUGGAUUUACCUCCCGACAAGGCAAAGCUCCUUAAAAACUAUGACAUAGAAAAGAAAUGGGACUUAAUAUGUGAUCAGGAACGAGUGCAAGCUAAGGACCCCCCAUCGCUGUACCUUAAAAAACUUCGGACUUACCUUGAUCCCAAGGCCUCCAGAAGUGCAAAGAAACGGAAAAUGCUAGGCGAUUCGACUUCGACUCAAGUUUUGAGAGACCUCGAAAUUUCUUUAAGGACAAACCAUAUUGAAUGGGUAAGGGAGUUUCUUGAUGAUGAACAUCGGGGUUUAGACUACCUCAUUGGUUACCUUUGCUUCCGGCUUAUGAUGAUGAGGGCAGAAGCUAGAAAUAUUGUAAGGACAUCUUCAGAUGACAGUCUUUCACUGAACAGUCUCCAUAAUGGAAAUUGUAAAACCACUCGUUUUGAUCCUCACGACCUUAGGCGUAGAUCUCGACAUGCAGCGAAGCUGAAAAUGGGAGAUACUAAGGAUGAUAUUCACAUAUGUAUAAUGUGCCUGAGAGCAAUAAUGAAUAAUAAACAUGGUUUCAGUUUGGUCAUUCAAAGUACUGAUGCAAUCAAUGGUAUAGCCCUUAGUUUAACUCACAAGAGUCCAAGAACUAAAGCAUUGGUCCUGGAACUUCUCGCAGCUAUUUGUUUAGUGAAAGGUGGCCAUGAGAUCAUCCUCGAGGCCUUUGAUCACUUCAAAGAAGUUUGCCAGGAAAAAAGGAGGUUUGAGACUCUCAUGACAUAUUUUGUCAACUACGAAUCAUUUCAUGUAGAAUUCAUGGUUGCAUGUAUGCAGUUCAUUAAUAUCAUUGUACAUUCUGUGGAUGAUAUGAACUACAGAGUACACUUGCAGUACGAAUUCACUCAGUUAGGGCUUGAUUCAUACCUUGAAAAACUGAAGUACACAGAAAGUGAGGAGCUUCAAAUACAAAUAUCAGCUUACUUGGACAAUGUCUUUGAUGUUGCUGCUCUUAUGGAAGACAGCGAGACGAAGGCAGCUGCGAUGGAGAAAGUUGUUGAUCUUCAGGAUGAAUUGGGUCAUGCCCAUAGUAGACUGUCGAUGAUGGAAAGAGAAAGUUGUGCUCAAUUGGCAGCCCUUGAACGAGCUUUAAUGGAAGCAGUUGCCGAGAGAGAUAGACUCGUUGAGGGUCGAAGACAGGCAGAAGAGGAAGUGGCCACUCUUCGGAGGGAAGUCAGCAAAAGAGUUUCUCCCCAACCUUCUUCUAAUUCUAGUCACCAACCUAGCAGUAUAAAUUCUGGUUCAAGUGGAGUUUCAUCUGCAUCUUCAACACCAGUCAGCGAACCUGUAAGGACACCGCCUCCACCACCUCCCCCACCUCCUCCUGCCAAUACUCCUCCUUGUCCACCUCCUCCAGGCCCUCCUCCUGGCCCUCCCCCUCCACCACCACCCCCAGGGAGCAUGGCACCACCAUUUGGUGCGAUGACUAUCAAGAGGGAAGUUCAAACCAAGAACAAGCUUCCAACAUUAAAUUGGGCUGCAAUGAGGCCUAAUCAGGUUCGAGGGACUGUAUUUUGUGAAAUAGAUGACGGACGAAUAUUCAAUAGAAUUGACUUCUCUGACUUUGAAGACAAAUUUAAAGUUGGAGGUCCACGAGAGACAUCCCAAACUGAUUUGGGAACUAUGCCCAGUAAAAGGUUUAAAAAGUCUGACCUUAUUUCUCUUCUGGAGCAUAAUAGGUUAAGAAAUAUAGCCAUAUCUAAACGUAAGAUUGGACUUGGCAUAGAAGAAAUUUCAAAGGCUGUGAAUUCACUUGACUUGAAACAAAUUCCUUUAGAAACUGUAGAAAUUUUAAUGAAGAUGAUUCCUACGGAAUCUGAGGCAAAAAAAUAUAAAAAAUAUUUAGAAGAAAAGAAGGAUAUUUCUGUUCUUACAGAAGAAGACAGACUUCUUUUGGAGCUUAAUAAGAUAACCAACCUUCCAAACAAACUUAGUAUCCUCCAUUAUAUUGGCAGCUUUAAAGAAAAUAUUCAAUUUAUCGCACCUCAAAUUGAAGUUCUUAGAACUGCUUCUGUGGCUGUGAGAAAUUCUAAAAAACUUAAGGGUGUGUUAGAAGUAGUAUUAGCAUUUGGUAACUAUGUCAAUUCUGCUAAACGUGGGCCAGCUUAUGGGUUUAAGCUUCAAUCUUUGGAUGCACUUGUUGACAUGAAAUCAGCUGAUAAAAAACUAAGUCUGAUAAAUUACAUUGCUGACACUAUACGUUUCAAAUUACCAGAACUUAAUGAUUUUGAAAAGGAACUGCUGCAUAUUGAAAAGGCUGCGACAAUAUCCCUGGAAAACCUGACAAGCGAUGUCUCUGAGCUAGAACGAGGUAUGGAAGCAGUGAGAAGGGAAUCUUGCGGAAGGAUUGACGGAGUCCUAGGUGAAUUCCUCACGAAUUCGGAAGGGUCCCUGUUGGACCUGAAGCAACAGCUGUCCACAGCCCUCUCUGCCUUCAGAGAGACAGCUGAGUACUUUGGUGAAUGCCCACGAACUACUGAUCCUACAACGUUUUUCUCAUUUUUCGUCCGAUUCGUCAAAUCUUUUAAGGUGGCGGAAAAGGAGAAUGAUGAAUGGCGAAGGCAGGAAGAAGUUGCUAAGGGGACCGAAGCUGCGAAACGAAGGAGACAACUGUCUGAAGCUGAAAGCCAGAAUCGGAACAAUCUGGAUGGCGAUAAGGUGUUCAAGGGAAUACAGGAAGCUGUAAUAGCUGAACUGAAGUGUAGGUCACGGCUUGUCCAGGAGAUGAAAGUUCUUCCAAGGGAUGAAGUGUACAAUGGUGCCUUAGAAGAUAUCCUCGAAGGGCUCAGGCAUGAGCCAUACAGACGAGCUGACGCUCUUAGGAGGUCUGCCAGGCGGAGAGCUGACUCUAAUAGGUUAUCUAGAACAAUUGAAGAACUUGAGUUGUAAUGACCAAGUUUCUUUCAAAGAGAUGACAGAAUAUUAUUAAUGAGCAUAGAAUGACCGCACAGAAAUAGUUUUCUGCAAUGUAUAUGUUGUAUACUCUAUUUAAAGUUAAGGUUUUAAGCAAUACAAAUAUUUAUUUUUUGAAACUAGAGCUGUUUUAAUUAUUUAUAAACAAAUUUAUAACAAAAAUCAGUUGCUUUUAAAUAAUAUUUAAUAUAUUAGCUGUAUUAUUCUAAACUUCUAUUUAAAUACGGUAAUUGUAUUUUGAACGCUGAAAGCAUUUUCCUUGUAAUAUAUAUAAAUAUAUUGAUAAAAGACUUUGUACAUUCGAAAUUAUAUUUUUGUAUUAUGAAUACUGAUGAAUUAUAUAAAUUUUAUCAUAAUGUAUGUGAGACUGUAAAUAAAGAUGUACUAUUUAAAUUGUAAAUAAACUAUUUCUGUUUUGUAAAUAAUAUACAUAAUUAAAAAAAAAAUGGACACUAAUAUAUAAGAUGCAAAAUCAAAAAGACUUUUGAUCUCAUUGUCCUGUGUAAUUGGUAUUGUCAAAAUAUAUAUUUUCAUACAGAUUGCUGUGUACGAAACUGCCUAUCCAAUGUUUUUGUUUUUUGAAUUUUUUAUAUUAUUGUUAGCAUAUUUGUAAAUAUGUGAUCUAUUAUGUAUGUAUUUUUCCAAAAAAUUAUGGUUAUAAAUGUCCUGCUGUUUGUAUAAAUAUUUAUUUAGUUAAUUCGGUGCUUCUUAAGUAUCAAUAAAUGUAUGUUACAUUUUA